AUGACAAUAUAUCUGUCGUCUCAGCGCUUCUUCGUAUUGUCCAAACAAAUUAUUAGUGUUUACUCUAUUCCUCUGGUCUUAAGUGAAUCGUCCAAUCGUUUCCAAUCUAAAAUGGCAAAUGAAGGCCAGGAAACGGAAGGCAGGAUUCCGCGGACAUUAAGCACAUCUGCUCUCAGAAUCAAAAACAGAUAUUCAUUUUGGGAGAGAUUGCACUCAACGCCCCGUAGAGGCGGCCCAUCCGGUGAAGAACCGUUUUGCAGAAUAACGGCAUUAUUAUUGUCUCUAUUUUACGAACAAAUUCCAUAA